AUGCGGGCGGCGCUCGUAUUCUGUACGGUGCUUCUGUGCUUGCUAUGGUUGCCUGACAGCGAUGCGAGCUGUGCGAACAUGUGCUCGGGUCACGGAACGUGCGGCAUGUCCAAUAAAUGCACGUGCGACGCGCAGUGGAACGUCGUGCCAGACUGUUCUCGCCACGUAUGUCCGUCUGGCGUUGCUUGGGUUGACAAGGCAUCGGCCCCGAACGGAGCUCAUGCCACGGUCAUGGAGUGUUCCAACCGCGGGAUCUGCGAUUACUCAAAAGGGUCGUGCAUUUGUGCUGAGGGGUACACGGGAGAUGCGUGUCAACGAAUGCGAUGUCCCAAUGACUGCUCAGGUCGCGGACAGUGCCUGACCCUCUCGACGCUCGCCAGGUUGUACGGCCCCCAAACACCAGCAACAGGGCUUGGCCCCAUCUACACCAACUGGGAAAAAGACAGCAUCAUGUCGUGCUACUGUGACAUGGGAUUUACUGGCCCAGACUGCUCGAUGCGGAUGUGUCCAAAGAACGACGAUCCUCUCACUACCAGUCAGGUGUACCGCUCCAUUGCGCUGACCGUGAGCGCGUCUUCAUUGGCGUUGGUCGGCACCGUCAGUGUCACGUUCAACGGGUAUUCGUUCACUAUGCCAGCAAAUGCAAACGCAAAUUCCGAUGCGAUUUGUACGGCUGCCGCCAUGACGCUGGGCAACGUCCGCGUCGCAACUUGCGUAAUGUCUGCCGUGAACGCGGCGACUCAAGGGGCUACGUACACGAUCGAGUUUCAGGAAUGGGCGCAUCGCGAUGCUGAAAACAACGUGUUUUCCCACACGGGUAACCCCCCGGUCGCGUCAUUUAGUUGCAAUGUUGCCGGUGUCACCAAUGCCAAGUCACCCACAUGCUCGAUAGCUGAUGUGGUCUCGGUUAACGUUAUUGAGCACGAAUACUGUUCUCGUCGUGGGAUUUGCGACUUUACGACGGGGCUCUGUACGUGCUUCUUGGACUACAAGACGAGCGACUGCAGCCAGUUGUCCAAUAUCCCGGACAACAUCGACGACCACGACGGAUUCCUCAUCCAGCCCAUUGGACCGAGUUACGUUGGCACGGCCUUGCACAUCCACACGAUCAAGGCGAUGGCGACGGACUUCCAAAUGAUCAAGAUCGAAGCUGCGACGCAAGCAAUAUUUUACAUGCUCGGGAACGGCGACACGUUCUGGACCAAGGGCAACGUCCGCGUCGACUCUGGCACUCUGUUUGUCCAAGCGGGGGAAACGAUUGCGACGGGGGGUCUCUUGGUUCAAGAUGGAGGCAGCACGACAACGCUGUCGACAGUGGCUGGCACCGUGUCGGACUCGUUGGCGUCAAACACAGGCUUCACUGGAACUGUGAUGACGGUGCGAGCGACCCAACCGGCCGCAAUGUCGUUUUACCUCUUCACAGCGUCUACGGCAAACUCAAACGUUGCGAUGUUCGACAUUCGCGGUGAUGGGCGCACCACCGUACAUUCCGGAGGAUUGGAAGUCGUCCUCGGUGGCGCCACCAUCACCGACAACGCGGUGGCGACGUCAGUGCUCACCAUCCAAGCGUCGAACGUGGCUUACACGGGCACUGUCGUGACAGUGGCAGCUACUAUGGGGUCUCUAUUCCCCGCCACAGACUUCAACCUUUUGACUGCAUCGGCGGGAGGUACGACAGCCGUGACAGUCGAAGCGUCGGGAAAAACCACACUGGCAAAUGGGGGCUUGUACGUCAACGGCAUUGGUGGAGGCAACUUCGUCAACCAAGAUCCACUGGCACCGGCGCUGACAGCUCUGUCCGGACUGGGAACGUUUCUAGGCACGGUGGCUACGCUUGAGGCAACAAGGGCUGCAAGCACUGCAUUCAAACUCUUGGAAGCCAAGUCGAACGGUGUCGUAACCUUUUCCGUUCGAGGGGACGGGUUCACGACAGUCCAUUCGGGAGGAUUUCAAGUCCUCCUGGGGGGCGGCACUAUCACGGCGGGGGGGUUCUUCGUCAACGCAGGAGGCGCCACCGUGAAUGCAGGGGGUCUGAUGGUCACGAGUGGUGGGGCAACGGUACAAGCGCAAGGUCUCGUUGUCGUCGACGGUGGGGCAGACAUCACCAGCACGGCGCAGUUGCUGCCCUCCCUCGCUGUACAUGCCAGUCAUGUUGCGUUCCAAGACUCCGUGGCUGUCAUCGAAACGACUGUCGUGGCCGCAGCCAGUUCAUUUUACUUGCUCAAGAUGAGAACGUCGACAACGACAGCGAUUUUCGACGUGAGGGGUGACGGAGUCACCACGAUUCACCAAGGUGGCCUGGUGGUCACGACCGGCGGGAAGUGUGGUGUCUGA